AUGAAUCAACAACAUAGAAUUAUUUUUGCUGAUCCAAAUAGUCUUAUACCGAAUGAAAAUGAUAUACAUAUAAAACAAAUCUGGAUAGAUAUUUAUAAUGAGAAUUUAAAUACCGGUGCUGUUCAAUCUAAUGGUACUAUUUCAUGGGAUUGCCCAUGUCUAGGUACACAAGCUAUUGGACCUUGUUCAAGUCAAUUUCGUGCUGCAUUUACUUGUUAUCAAAAUAGUAGCAAAGAACCGAAAGGAUCUGAAUGUAUGAUGGAAUUUAUGAAGAUGCAAAAGUGUUUUACACAAUAUCCUAAAUUAUAUAAUAAUAACAACAACAAUGAUUAUUCUAAUAAAAUAAAUAAAUCAGAAAAUGAAAUAGAAUCAAAUACUAAACUAAUGGAUCAUCCAGAAGCACGUCGUCAUCGAUUAAAUGAAGCAAAAAAGAAAAACUUAGCAUGA